CUGAGAGGAGACGUGCGACUUUACGCUCUGCCCCGCCCUCCCUGACGUUCGCUUGCGUUGAUUGGCUACUAAGAGGUGUGGACAGAAACAACAGGUGUGUGGGAGGUAAAGCGGUCAGUACUCGAGUUUACCUCACGGAUUACUGGUGCUCUUGUAAACCCAAUGGUGACUAAGCUUGUGUCCUGAUGACUUUUAGUUUGUUUUUGUGGCACUAACGUCGAUGAAGUUUUGAUAAGUGAAGAAGUGAAGUAAAUAGCCCACAUUACAUUAUUUUUGACCUGUUGGCGGCAUGGUGACCUCCAGUGACUUGGUUCAGGUGCUGCACUGGUGAUCUGUUCUCUUGUUUUGCAUAUUCACCCCAUGACUGACGUUCAGGGCUGCGAGAUAUUGGUGACACCUAUUUCUGCACCCCACUGACCUACAAACCGGUGGUGACCUAUAACUUGGCAGCCUAGCAAUUGGUAACCUCUACUGGUGAUCCUGACGUUACAUGGACACCAUAAUUAAAGGAACCAAUAAACUUUUCACCCGUGUGACCUUCUGCUGUUGGUAAUCCGUGUUUCUGAGUCCUAGUGACCGACAACCUGCCUGGUUACAAUUUUGGUGACUUGAUUCUUGCUAACCUUUUCUGGUGACUUUCUACCCAGUGACUGCAUUGACGCGAAAUGUUUCCUUCACCUCACCAACACCUUAUCAGGUGAUUCAUUUUCCUGGUGAACACACGAUAUAACCUGUUAAUGAAUCUUUAUCACCUGAUAAACUUCUGACUUAAAUUUAUGGCCAAGUGACUUGUGGAUUGUUUGGUGACAAAGUUAUAUUUUCAAGUGAUCUGACGAUAAUUGAGAACACCCAGAUUAAUAAAGUGCGCCAGCAAACUCUCUUUACACCUAGUGACUCAGAUUUAUGGGCUAGUGACUGGUGCGUAGUGCGGUGAUUUUAGAGCCUCAUUGUCUGGUGACGCCCCGGCAAACGCAAUAUGACCUGUUGCUUAGUGGCGCGGUAAGAAUCACCAAAAAAGAAGGAAGAAAAGAGGAACGGAAGAGCUGAUCAUCAUGUUCUUCUAUCUCAUCUUCGUCACCCUGUUGCUGGGAAUGUGUGGCGGCGAGACGCUGUGCCCCAACAAGACAGAACUGGAUUCCUGCCUCGCCAGACUGAUGCCUCACAUGCCACGCUCCGGCCUACCAGACAACCCUAGCCAGCUGACGACUAUGUGCAGAGCGUUCAAGGGCGGGAUGGCGUGCGUGGACCGGUACACGGCGCAAUGUAUGAACCAGGUGGAACGGGCCAGCCUGGAUAUCCACCUGCAAGGCGCUCGCUCCACACUGGCCUUCCUUUGCGACGACCCCAUCUUCAAGCGAGAGUACCUGUCCCACUCACGGUGUAUCAAGGAGGUGCGGACAGACUGGGAUCGUUGUCAUCUGCAGUUCAAACACCUGGUGGGCAAAGAACAUUCGAAGUCCAACCUGACGCAGAGCCAACGUGACCACAACAUAUGCUGCAUACGCGCACGGCUCCUGAACUGCGUGUACGGUACCGGCUUCCUCAAGUGUGGGCGUCUGGAGGCGAUAUUCCUGCAGAAGAUGACGGCGACGCUCUCCUACAGCGACGUGCAUCAGGAAAAGUGUAAACGCGUCACCCUCAGCACCUGCUCCCACGCAACACACGCUACGAGACCCUCCUCCUUUAAUAUCUUCCUCCUCCUUCUAGUCUGCCUCCUUCCCGGACUCAGAUUCGCAACGCAAGAUGAUGGUACUGGAGGUUGAAAUACAGACAUCAUGUUACUUAUCGCUCCCCCUUCUCCUUCACUUCCUCCUUGUCUCUCUCCCUCCAAGCCAAACAUUCGCAACGUAAACUAGAGGCUAUUUCCCAAGAGCACUUUUACGGGUGGUGCUCUUUUUGGUGUUUCUGUGACCUACUGAAUGGAUGUGGAGUUCGUAUACUUGAAGGGACUCUCGUUCUGUAAGAGGUGAAUGCUGCGGUAUGUGUGGAGAAUUAUAGAUCAAUUAUAGAUGUGGUAAAACAGGGUAUACCGGCCAUGGAGGCAAACGAUGCUUAAAUAUUGCUCGUAUGAUCCAGCCUUACGUUGAUGAUGGUAAUGAUAAGAAAUACGGACAUAUCACUCCACGCAAGUUCCUACGCACCCCACGUCACCUAUUCCUUCUGUAACCCUCCUCUUCCUACCCUGAGACUCGCAACGUAAACUAAGGUGAUAAUGAGAGGUUAAGAAUACAUAAAUAUCACUCUCCAUGCAUUCUCCAGCACCCUUUGACUCUUAGCCCUUCUGCAUUACCUUCCUCCUCCUCCUUCUCCAAGUUUCUCUCUUUGCUAGCCUCGAGGACAUGGAGUAAGCUAAGAAGGUUGUAAUGAUAGCCUGAAAUAUAAGCAGAGAUAUCGA